UCAUCCGUACUGUAUGUGCUUUUGGCAUCAUCCCCUUCUGCCGUUUCCCUACCAGGCCUGACCUCAAGCUACCUAACAAAAUUGCCAAUGGCCUUCAUCUCCAGAUCCAUCAACCUUGUUGUUCUUAUAUUGAUCUUGAUCUCUGGUUGUGCCCAUGCUUUCAAAGUCCCAUUCCGCGUCAACGAUGUGCUACCCAUCCUCCCACGCCAGGUCUCCUGGCCAUUGCUGAGCAACCUUCACAGUGCCGUUGACUUGCUGCCCUCCUUCGUUGGCUCUGUUCUCCCGGACGGGGGAUCCGUGGCGUGGAAGGGUGCUUGCUUCUUUGAGAAUGAGGCAAGGCUUGAGUUUGCAGAAGGCGAUCGUGGCAAUAUUGGCCUUGGUGGAGGGAUUCUUCACCUUAAGACCAGUGCAGCUCACAGCUGGACGUGUAUGGAUCUUUAUAUAUUUGCAACGCCAUAUAGGAUAAUGUGGGACUACUAUUUUUCUGCCCAAGAACACAUGUUAGAGAUAAAGUCAUGGGAAGAACCAGCAGAAAUGGAAUAUGUAAGGCAACAUGGCAUAUCAGUAUUCCUUAUGCCAUCAGGGAUGCUGGGUACUCUGUUAUCUCUGCUUGAUGUUAUACCCUUAUUUGCAAACACUGGUUGGGGUCAGAAUGCUAACAUGGCCUUUUUGGAGAAGCACAUGGGAGCCUCUUUUGAGAAACGUAAUCAACCUUGGCAUAUAAAUAUCAAGCCAGAGGAUGUUCAUUCUGGUGAUUUUCUAGCAGUAUCCAAAAUACGCGGUCGUUGGGGUGGAUUCGAGACAUUGGAGAAAUGGGUCACAGGUGCAUUUGCUGGACAUACAGCAGUUUGCUUAAAGGAUGAGAUGGGCAACCUAUGGGUUGGGGAAUCAGGGCAUGAAAAUGAAAAGGGUGAGGAAGUUAUUGUAGUAAUUCCAUGGAAUGAGUGGUGGGAAUUGGCAAUAAAGGAUAGCUCAAACCCUCAUAUUGCUCUGCUUCCAUUACACCCUGAAAUGAGGAUGAAGUUCAAUGAAAGUGCAGCUUGGGCUUAUGCCAGGAGCAUGUCUGGCAAGCCGUAUGGAUACCACAACAUGAUAUUUAGUUGGAUUGAUACAGUAGCUGAGAACUACCCACCACCUCUUGAUUCUAAUUUGGUGAUGUCUAUUAUGUCAAUGUGGACCAGGAUACAACCUUCCUAUGCUGCUAACAUGUGGAAUGAAGCCCUCAACAAGAGGCUUGGGACUGAGGAAUUGGACUUGCAUGGGAUUAUUGCAGAGACAGAAAGGCGAGGAAUGACUUUUGAUCAAUUACUCACCAUUCCUGAACAAGAUGAUUGGGUGUAUAGUGAUGGCAAGUCAACUUCUUGUGUUGCUUUCAUUCUAGAGAUGUAUAAAGAAGCUGGAAUAUUAGGACCUAUGUCCAACUCCAUUCAGGUUACUGAAUUCACUAUUCGCGAUGCGUAUAUGCUCAAGAUAUUCGAAAACAACCGAACUCGGUUGCCAAACUGGUGCACUGAUGAAAGUCUUUCAUUCUGCCAAAUACUUGGAGAAUAUAGAAUGGAAUUGCCUGAGUAUAACACUAUAGAACCUUAUGCAAAGAUGAAUGAGAAUUGCCCUUCACUGCCACCAACUUAUGUGAGGCCUGCAAGAUGUUGAUUAUAAGUAAAGCCUUAGAGUCUGGGACUGGAAAGUGUUUUGAGAUUUAUUACUAUUUUUCUGUGGCAGUGCAACAUUAUUGAUAUUUAAUACCAUUUGUAUGGUAUUUUAUUUAUAGUAAUUAUUUAGGAGAGACACCUAAAAGUCUCCCUAAUAAUAGUCAUAAGCCACAGAGUGACAGACAACACUGUACUACUUACAAAAAUAUAAGCAUAUGAAACUUAUAUUAA